AUGCAGCGGCUGCUGGUCGAGGGCGAUCUCGUGGUAUGCCCCGAGGGGACCACGUGCAGGGAGCCGUACCUGCUCCGGUUCAACUCCCUUUUCGCGGAGCUCGCGAACGAGAUCGUGCCGGUGGCAGUCGACUCGGAGGUCAGCAUGUUUUACGGAACGACGACGACGGGACGAAAGUGGUUGGACCCGAUUUUGUUCCUAGUGAAUCCAAGACCGGUGUACAGUAUCCAGAUUCUCGACAUGGUACCAAAGCAGCUAACGUGCGCAGGGGGGAAGACGAGCCACGAGGUGGUGAAUUAUAUACAAAGGGAGUUGGGGAAGGCGUUAGGGUUUGAGUGCACCAGUCUCACGAGAAGGAAUAAGCAUUUGAUGAUGGCCAGCAACUAUGGCAAGAACAAGAAUUGA